UCCUCUCCAGUUACACAAGUUCUGAUUUUUUCCUAGAGAGAGAGAGAGAGAGAGAGAGAGGAGAGUCAGGUACCGAGAGUGGACUCGACUGUCCGCCUGCUGGUCCCGUUGGGACGCGAGAGAGGACUCUGACCCGGACUGAGAGAAGUUGAGAGGGCAGAGGCGGCGGUAGACUCCUGCAGCUCUGCUUCACCACUCCUGAAACUCCCCCCACCCUCUUGCAGUGAUUUACUUUCAACAAAAUUGGGGACUCAGGAAGCUGGGAGCCCAUGUGAACAUGGCAAACCUUCUGAAGACGGUGGUGGCUGGCUGUUCUUGCCCUUUGCUAAACUUGGGGUCCUGCAAGGCUCUACCUCGGAAGAAGGACUUUCUACGGACAUUUCAUACUCAUCAGGCACUUCGGUGUAAAGCUACUGUAAAGCCAGGAAUCCCAUAUAAGCAGCUGACUGUUGGAGUCCCCAAGGAGAUUUUCCAGAAUGAGAAGCGAGUGGCAUUGUCGCCAGCAGGUGUUCAGGCCUUGGUCAAGCAAGGUUUCAAUGUUGUUGUGGAGUCUGGUGCCGGAGAAGCGUCCAAAUUCUCAGAUGAUCACUACAGAGCAGCGGGUGCCAAAAUCCAAGGGCCGAAGGAAGUGCUGGCUUCUGACUUGGUGGUCAAGGUGCGUGCCCCCAUGGUUAAUCCAACACUAGGUGUUCAUGAAGCUGACCUUUUGAAGACAUCAGGAACACUGAUUAGCUUUAUUUACCCAGCCCAAAACCCAGACCUGCUAAAUAAACUUUCUGAAAGGAAAGUUACAGUUCUGGCAAUGGACCAGGUUCCAAGAGUCACCAUUGCUCAAGGAUAUGAUGCACUGAGCUCCAUGGCCAACAUUGCUGGUUAUAAGGCUGUUGUACUAGCGGCAAAUCAUUUUGGACGUUUUUUUACUGGUCAAAUCACAGCUGCUGGAAAAGUUGCUCCAGCUAAGAUUCUGAUAGUUGGUGGUGGCGUGGCUGGGCUAGCUUCUGCAGGUGCAGCAAAGUCAAUGGGUGCAAUUGUUCGAGGGUUUGAUACCAGAGCUGCAGCUUUGGAACAGUUCAAGUCUCUUGGUGCUGAGCCCUUGGAGGUGGACUUGAAGGAAUCUGGAGAGGGGCAAGGAGGGUACGCAAAGGAAAUGUCCAAGGAGUUCAUUGAUGCUGAGAUGAAGCUUUUUGCUCAGCAAUGCAAGGAGGUGGAUAUUCUCAUCAGCACAGCCCUUAUUCCAGGUAAAAGAGCCCCAGUUUUAUUCAGCAAAGAAAUGAUUGAGUCAAUGAAGGAGGGCUCAGUUGUCGUGGAUUUAGCCGCGGAGGCUGGCGGCAACUUUGAAACCACCAAGCCAGGAGAGCUUUAUAUCCACAAGGGGAUUACUCACAUAGGAUACACAGACCUUCCGAGCCGCAUGGCUACUCAGGCCAGUACUUUGUACUCCAACAACAUCACCAAACUCCUCAAGGCCAUCAGCCCUGAUAAGGAUAAUUUUCACUUUGACGUGAAAGAUGACUUUGACUUUGGCACCAUGGGUCACGUCAUUCGAGGUACUGUGGUGAUGAAGGAUGGUAAAGUGAUUUUCCCUGCACCUCCACCAAAGAAUAUCCCUCAAGGUGCCCCGGCAAAGCCAAAGACAGUGGCUGAGUUAGAAGCAGAAAAAGCAGCUACUGUUACCCCCUUCCGGAAGACGAUGACAACUGCUUCUGCAUACACAGCAGGCCUCACUGGAAUGCUGGGCUUGGGCAUCGCGGCUCCCAAUUUAGCUUUCUCUCAGAUGGUGACCACUUUUGGCUUGGCGGGCAUUGUGGGCUACCACACCGUCUGGGGUGUGACGCCUGCGCUCCACUCCCCCCUGAUGUCCGUGACUAAUGCCAUCUCAGGUCUGACUGCUGUCGGUGGCUUGGCGCUGAUGGGAGGACAUCUGUACCCCUCCACGACUUCUCAGAGUCUUGCUGCUCUUGCUACCUUCAUCUCCUCAGUCAACAUUGCAGGCGGCUUUCUAGUGACUCAGAGGAUGCUGGACAUGUUCAAGCGCCCCACAGACCCUCCAGAGUACAACUACUUGUACCUGCUCCCUGCUGGCACCUUCGUUGGAGGAUAUUUGGCCGCUCUCUACAGCGGUUAUGACAUCGAACAAAUCAUGUACCUGGGUUCAGGUCUGUGCUGUGUCAGUGCCUUGGCUGGUCUCUCCACCCAGGGGACGGCUCGCCUCGGCAAUGCACUGGGCAUGAUUGGGGUGGCCGGAGGCCUGGCAGCCACCCUUGGGGGCCUGAAGCCAUGCCCGGAAUUGUUAGCUCAGAUGUCUGGAGCCAUGGCUUUGGGCGGUACCAUUGGAUUGACGAUCGCCAAACGCAUCCAGAUUUCUGAUUUACCUCAGCUGGUGGCCGCCUUCCACAGUUUGGUGGGCCUGGCAGCUGUCCUUACCUGUGUGGCAGAGUACAUCGUAGAGUACCCGCAUUUUGCCAUGGACGCAACAGCGAAUCUCACCAAGAUUGUGGCCUACCUUGGCACUUACAUCGGCGGUGUCACCUUUAGCGGGUCUCUUAUUGCUUAUGGAAAAUUGCAGGGUAUCCUGAAGUCGGCCCCUCUGCUGCUUCCUGGGAGGCAUUUGCUCAAUGCGGGGCUGCUGACUGCCAGUGUGGGUGGACUGAUUCCCUUCCUGAUGGACCCCAGCUUCACCACGGGCAUUACCUGUCUGGGCUCUGUGUCUGCCCUUUCUGCCAUCAUGGGGGUGACUUUGACGGCUGCUAUCGGGGGUGCUGACAUGCCCGUUGUCAUCACUGUGCUGAACAGCUACUCGGGCUGGGCCCUGUGUGCCGAGGGCUUUCUCCUCAACAACAACCUGUUGACCAUCGUGGGCGCCCUCAUCGGCUCCUCCGGGGCCAUCCUGUCCUACAUCAUGUGUGUGGCAAUGAAUCGCUCCUUGGCUAAUGUGAUUCUUGGAGGCUAUGGUACCACUUCAACAGCUGGUGGAAAACCCAUGGAAAUUUCUGGAACACAUACAGAAAUCAACCUUGACAAUGCAAUUGACAUGAUUCGAGAAGCUAAUAGCAUUAUUAUUACUCCAGGCUACGGCCUCUGUGCAGCCAAAGCUCAGUACCCCAUUGCUGACUUAGUGAAGAUGCUCACCGAACAGGGCAAGAAAGUCAGGUUUGGAAUUCACCCAGUUGCAGGCCGGAUGCCUGGUCAGCUUAAUGUGUUGCUGGCUGAGGCUGGCGUGCCAUACGAUAUUGUGUUGGAAAUGGAUGAGAUCAACCAUGAUUUCCCAGACACUGAUUUGGUCCUUGUAAUUGGUGCUAACGACACUGUGAAUUCAGCAGCUCAAGAAGACCCCAACUCUAUCAUCGCAGGCAUGCCAGUCCUGGAGGUCUGGAAAUCGAAGCAGGUCAUUGUUAUGAAGAGGUCGUUGGGUGUCGGCUAUGCUGCAGUGGACAAUCCAAUUUUCUACAAACCAAACACGGCCAUGCUUCUAGGGGAUGCCAAGAAAACAUGUGAUGCAUUGCAAGCCAAAGUGAGAGAAUCCUACCAGAAGUAAAUAUGAGCGAACAAGCUGCUGUUUACCAGAGCCACCUCUUCAGUUGUGGGUAUGGGCAAAUAAAGCAUUAAAAUCUACAGCUGACAUCCAUCUGCUGCUCAACACUGAGAAGAAAAGGAAGACGCUUGAAGAGAGCAGAGCAGUCCUGAGAGGUCUCUGUUCUUCUCUUCAUGAGCAGGGAUCUCUCAUUUUCAAAAAGCAGGAUUGAAAGUUUUAAGUAUCUUUCUGUACAUCUAUAUUUUUUCAUAAAAGAAUUUUAUAAAAGGAAGAAAAAAACAAUUUUAUUUUAAACAUCAGCCAUUUGGAUUAUCUUAUUCUGCCAGACGGCAAUGAUUUAAGAAAUUAAAUUGUUAGGAUUCUUAGAACUUUCAUUACACUUGAAUCUAGAAAAAACAAAAAACAAACACAAGUGGAAUGCUACAUACACUUGUGUUGAUGUUUGUUUUUCAGCAAAUGUGACUAAGUUGGAAAUUUUAUCAACUCCUGAGCUGUCCUCUUACAUUUAACCACAGUAUGAAUUAAACCUAUAAAAUCUGUUUCCGUGUUUCCAACCGUGCCCCAGAGUCUAGAUUUAAGGAUGUAUUUCGUUCACUUCUAUAUUUUUUUUUGAGAUGCUGAAAGCAAGUCAUUUGCUUUCUAUGUUUUGCUAGAACAUUAAUAAAACAUAUGAUUUGAAGCCAGUAUUAGUUUUCUCGAUCCUAUUUGCAAUCAUAGAUCUCAUUAAUUUCAAUCAACUCAUAAUGUGCAGCACUGUAUUAAGUGCACUUGAAUGGAAUUCAACUAUGACUAAUAAAAAUGAGUUCAUCAUG